GUGUGUUCUCCACACCUACUAGAUUCUCUUACCUGAACAAAAAACAAAACACACAACACAAAUAUUUUUUUUUUUCCUUUGAAAAAAUGGAUCAAGAUCGUAACAUGGACAUAGAGAAGGAAUCAACAACAACCUUAGACUACUCCAAACGCGCUCAGUGGCUACGCGCCGCCGUCCUAGGAGCCAACGACGGUCUUGUCUCCACCGCGUCGUUGAUGAUGGGAGUUGGUGCCGUGAAACACGACGUCAAAGCUAUGAUCCUCUCUGGAUUCGCCGGAAUGGUGGCCGGAGCUUGUAGCAUGGCCAUAGGAGAGUUCGUCUCCGUCUACUCUCAGUACGACAUAGAGGUUGCUCAGAUGGAGAGAGAGGGUGGUGAAGUGGAGAAAGAGAAGCUUCCUAGUCCACUCCAAGCGGCCGCUGCGUCUGCGCUAGCGUUUUCCGCGGGUGCGAUUGUGCCUCUUUUGGCGGCUGCGUUUGUGAAGGAGUAUAGAGUGAGGAUCCUUGCGGUUGUGGCUGCGGUUACUGUGGCGCUCGUGGUUUUUGGGUGGUUAGGAGCGGCGUUAGGGAAGGCUCCAGCGGUUAGGUCGUCGGCCAGGGUUUUGUUUGGAGGGUGGUUAGCUAUGGCGGUUACGUUUGGGUUAACUAAGCUUAUUGGGUUACAUGGACUCUGAAUUGUUCGUUAACCAUCUUAUUAUAAAGAUUCUACGGUGAAGUUCUGUUGGAAACACAUAACAUAUGACAGUAUGUGUACCGUAACGUGAACAGAACUGUCAAGUGUUUUACUUCUAAUGAUGUUCACAUAAUCAUAUUGCAACCUCAGGUUAUUAAAAUUAUGCUGGUUAUGUUUUCGUAUAUUUGAAGAUGUAAUUUAUAGAGUACGUGGUGACGAUGUUUGAGAGAUUCUGUAUGUUUCACGGUGAAUAAUGUAAAUUAGUUGAAAAAUAA